AGAAAGAACUAGCAAUGGCGAAGGGCGAAGUCGAUGCUCAGCAAGAGCUAAAGGAUGCAUUUGAAGCUAGAGAUUUGGUUGGAUUUAAACGUGCCAUUAGACAUGGUGCUCAGCCCAACCUCAGCUCAAAAAGGGAUGAGGACAAUCAAAUGAGUAUCUUUGAGAAGGCCCUAUCAACAUCAGGUUGUCCUAGAUUUAUAAAAGCGUGUCUCGAUGCUGGCUGCGAUCCCAAUUACGUUAAUCCGAAGCUUAAAAAAGCUGCCAUCCACUAUGCAAUCGAUUCAGGAAUCGGUUCAGGAAGCUAUUAUAAUGCGUCCAAUCUUGAAGUGCUGGUGGAUCAACCCAACUACAAAGUAGAUCUUGAUUACAUGUACGAGGGGGAAACAGCAUUAAGUAGAUUAAUCAAAAGUCUGGAAGAAAAGAAUUCUCCUGAGUGCUGUUACGCCAUUCGAUUGUUAUUAAGCAGAGGUGCUUCACCUAACAUUGCCGAUUCUGAUGGCAAAACUCCCAUGCAACAAGUGCUACUCAACAAAAAUAUCUCACAAUCUACACGAGUAGGUUUGAUCUCAGCGUUUGUACAGGCACCCCAACUCAGACGAUCGGAUCAUUUCAAAGGAGUCGAUUUUCUUUUGAAAAGCGGUUAUCUCAACGGUGACCAGCUCUACGUUUCCCUAUUGCCUGCUCUACUCGGGCAGCCUGCUUCGCCAAUGCUCGACACUCUGGCGCAAUACCAAAACACCAUAGUAAACUGGGAUAAUAAGAAAAUGUUACAAGUUUUGCUUAUGCAGCUCAUUACAAGGCCUUCUGAGAAUGCACUCAAAGCAGUGCUUGCCACCCUGGAAAAGAAUUCGCCUGAGGAAAAUGAGUAUGUUGUGAAAGUGGCUGUCGAAACUGGUAGCUGGGCAACUGUUCUUAAAUUGCUUAAGAGCGUAUAUCUCAAGCUAGUGCCCAAGGGCACGCUUCUAAAAACUAUGAUUAUGCAGGUGCAAUUGAAACCGCUGGACAAUUACCUGCAGUGCCACGAAUACCAGGAAUGUUUGCUGCAAUUGUUUAAGGAUCGGCGGUAUAUAUAUAUCAUCAAUGACUUCGAUGAUGAGCACAAAACGCCUCUGCAUUAUGCGGUGCUCUGUCGCAAUGAGAUUGCCAUAAGAGUGCUCUUGAGGGAGGGCGCCAGAUUGGGAGUGCUCAAUGACAAGAAUCGCUUGUUGAUCGAGGAUAUCGAUGCCAAGCUUCUGGAGGAGCAUUUCGAUUACUGCAUCACUGGGCGAGGCGAGAAGACCAGCCACGAUGGUUACGAAAUUAUAAUGAACUGUCUGAAUAUGACCAACGAGAACAACGAACUCGAUAUUGCUCCCAUUGCCUGCAUGGCCCGGUCGAAGGAGCUGUGUCCACUGUUGGAGCAUCCGUUGAUCACCUGCUUUUUGCAGCUGAAGUGGCGUCGACUCUCCACCAUUUUCUUCACCAACUUUACCAUAUAUAUAAUCUUAUAUUUGUUAUUUUUUAUCCAUUUUUUCUUGCGUGGUCCUGAUCUUGAUAACAACGAGAUUCCUAUACGGAUAGUGAUGCUUCUGUUCAGAGUGAUGACUGGCUAUGUUCUUAUUGUGGAACUCAUUUCUUUUAUGAUAGUCAAACAUUGGGGCAGUUUAAUCGAUUUUUUUAUAAUUCUUAUGCUUAUCCUCACAAACAUCGAGUGUGAAUAUGGCAUCCAAAGGAUUAUUACCGUCUUCGCCAUCAUGCUGAUGUCCACCAAACUGAUUGAUCUUAUUAAUGCCCUACCUAUGCGUGCCAAAUCAACGCCCAUGCUCAUGCUGCGCCAGAUGCUCUACAAAUUCAGCGAAUUCUACGGAUUCAGCCAAUACUAUGGAUUCAGCGAACUUAACCGGUUCAGCGAACUCAACAGAUAA